CCGAUUGAGCCACCCAGGCGCCCCCUCAUAGGACUUAUUAAUCUGGGAUUCACAGAAACUCAAAUUUUCUUUUUUGUGUUUGCAUUUUUCCAGGGAAUCAUUAAAUUUUCUUGUCAUUUUUGGCAGGGAUAGGGGAGGAGAACCACUGCCUUUUUUUGUGUUUUCAUCUGUUCAAAUGUCCGUUUAUUAAUAUGAGAUGAUAAAUCAAGACUGCUCCAAGUAGUUCCCAUUUCCCAUGUGACUAGCUCUGAAUUAUAAAUAAUCUGUUGAGGGCCCACCUUGUGCCAGGCAUCCUUUACAUACCUUAUCUCACUGAAGUCUUUGCAACUUUAUGAGGUAGACCCUCUCUUUCCCACUUCAUAGAGAGGGCUCUCUCUCACAUUUCCUAGUUGUCCAUAUGGCCCCAGUUUGAAAAUGACUAGAUUGGAAUACAAACCCAGGUAUUUCCAAACCCAAAGCCUAUGUUCUGCUAUGUUCUAGAGACAUAAUGAGGAAUAUUUAAGAUGGUCCUUUCCGUUUAAGAUUAUAAUGAGAGAACACUGGUAAGCAGGCAGUGACAUGUUAGCACUUACAGAAUUGGACAAUAGGGGUCAAAGAAGUGUUCUUGAAAGAGGUGACCUCUAGGCUGAAUUUUGAAGGACAGGCAAGGGUUAACCAAGUAACAAGAAAAGAGCAGUGAGUGCAAAGAUGAAAGGCAGAAUACCGCUGGCCUUGCAGGGUUGGGGUGCAGAAUAGUGAGGAGUCAUUCAAGAGUUUGCAUCUUAACCCUGAGGGCAGUGGAUCCUGCCUUGCUGUAGUCUGAACGUUUGAUAGUAAUCAUAAGAGAAAGGGCUGAGCUUUUCUGAAGGGCUCUCAGCACAUAACCUGACUUAACUUGUUUCAGGCAGGCCCAGGGGAAGACAGAAAAGCAUAUUGUAGUUGGGGUCCUCUAGCCUGGGUCAGAUACUGGCCUCACUGUUUCAAAAAGGCUGUGCGCCCCCACCCCCUGCCUUUAGUUUCUUGGCUUCUUUAGGCUCUGAUCUUCUCUUUGGUUUAUGAUAAUUAAACCUCCCCCCCCCCAAAAAAAAAGCCCUAUAGUCUUUUGAUGGGAAUAGUAGGCAUGAUCUCCCUACCUCAUAGGUAUUGAGAGAAUAAAUGUGAUUUUCACAUCAUUUAGAAUUUGUUCCUUGUUCCCUCGGUUAUACAUUCUAUCAAAAACCAGGUUGCCUUUUGGGGCUUAAUCAUGUUCUUAUUUGAGAAUGUUAGACCCUGUACUGUGAAAAAGUGCAUUGCUUUCCAAAGACUAAAAAAAAUGUUCUUAAAUAAGAGUAGUCAGUAUUAAGUUCUGGUUUAUCAAUUUUUAUAGCUAUUAUUAAAAAAUGUUUUUGAAAUACAUUUCUAAAAUUGUCCAGAGAGUCUAUUGUUUAAAAGUUAAAUGACUGGUUUUUCAUUCUUCUACUCCUUCCUCUUUCAUUUGACUUACCUUGAAGUACUUGAUAGACACUCCAGUAAGGAUAUUGAAUUCCAAGGUUACUAUUUAAUCAGCCAUUCUAAGUUGUUUUUUUCCUAAAGAUCUGUGAUAUUGGUAAAUGGAAGUAGGCAAAUUAGUAUAAUAAGAUAAUCUAGAUUUGUCAUAUUUUAAUAUAGUUGCAGAGUUGCAUUUUUAAGUACUGGGGAUGAUUACACUGCAUAAAUGAGAUGCUUCUAUUUAAAGUAGAAAAGAAUUACUUUGUAUACUUGAUGAUCUUGAAGAAUAAGAAAAUUUGAGAACAUUAAUUGCAUAUGUUAGAUUUUUAGAAAUUAUACAUUUGUGGGGUAUUUAGUAGGCCUAUUCUUCUGAGACUUAGGUUCCUUUAGUUGUAAUUUGGGGUAGUUUCAAAAGUUCUUUCAACAUUUACACUUAUUUGCAUAAUGUCAUCCACUUGUUACGAUAUUCUGGAUAAGCAUCGGCUUUGUAUCAAGUAUUGUUUUCUUUGAUCUUUUUUUGUGUGUGUGCAGAUGUUUGUGGAUUCUUCUGUGGGAUCAGAGGGCACGCCUAUUGUAAUCAGAAAACUCCAAGAAUAGCAGCAGGGAUGGAUGAACAGGCUCUUUUAGGGCUAAAUCCCAAUGCUGAUUCAGACUUCAGACAAAGGUUGGCUCAGCAAAGGAAAACAGUGUGUUUGAGACUUUCCAACUUACAUUUAAUUUCAUGGACAAUUUCUCUUUGUCAGAUGCUGAAUCCCCAACCAGAGAAGACCUUUAUACGAAAUAAAGCAGCCCAAGUCUUCGCCUUGCUUUUUGUUACAGAAUAUCUCACUAGGUGGCCCAAGUUUUUUUUUGACAUUCUCUCAGUAGUGGACCUAAAUCCAAGGGGAAUAGAUCUGUACCUCCGAAUCCUCAUGGCCAUUGAUUCAGAGUUGGUGGAUCGUGAUGUGGUGCAUACAUCAGAGGAGGCCCGUAGGAAUACUCUAAUAAAAGAUACCAUGAGGGAGCAGUGCAUUCCAAACUUGGUGGAGUCAUGGUACCAAAUUUUACAAAAUUACCAGUAUACUAAUUCAGAAGUGACAUGUCAGUGCCUUGAAGUAGUUGGGGCUUAUGUCUCUUGGAUAGACUUAUCCCUUAUAGCCAAUGAUAGGUUUAUAAAUAUGCUGCUAGGUCAUAUGUCAAUAGAAGUUCUGCGGGAAGAAGCAUGUGACUGUUUAUUUGAAAUUGUAAAUAAAGGAAUGGAUCCUGUUGAUAAAAUGAAACUAGUAGAGUCUUUGUGUCAAGUGUUACAGUCUGCUGGGUUUUUCAGCAUUGACCAGGAAGAAGAUGUUGACUUUCUAGCCAGAUUUUCUAAGCUGGUAAAUGGAAUGGGACAGUCAUUGAUAGUUAGUUGGACUAAAUUAAUUAAGAAUGGGGAUAUCAAGAAUGCUCAAGAGGCACUACAAGCUAUUGAAACAAAAGUGGCGCUGAUGCUGCAGCUACUAAUUCAUGAGGAUGAUGACAUCUCUUCUAACAUUAUUGGAUUCUGUUACGAUUAUCUUCAUAUUUUGAAACAGCUUCCAGUGCUCUCAGAUCAGCAAAAAGCUAAUGUAGAGGCAAUCAUGUUGGCCGUUAUGAAAAAACUGACUUACGAUGAAGAAUAUAACUUUGAAAAUGAGGGUGAAGAUGAAGCCAUGUUUGUAGAAUAUAGAAAACAACUGAAGUUAUUGUUGGACAGGCUUGCUCAAGUUUCACCAGAGUUACUGCUGGCUUCUGUGCGCAGAGUUUUUAGUUCUACACUGCAGAAUUGGCAGACUACACGUUUUAUGGAAGUUGAAGUAGCAAUAAGAUUGCUGUAUAUGUUGGCAGAAGCUCUUCCAGUAUCUCAUGGUGCUCACUUCUCAGGUGAUGUUUCAAAAGCUAGUGCUUUGCAGGAUAUGAUGCGAACUUUGGUAACAUCAGGAGUUAGUUCCUAUCAGCAUACAUCUGUGACAUUGGAGUUCUUUGAAACUGUUGUUAGAUAUGAAAAAUUUUUCACAGUUGAACCUCAACACAUUCCAUGUGUACUAAUGGCUUUCUUAGAUCAUAGAGGUCUGCGGCAUUCUAGUGCAAAAGUACGGAGCAGAACUGCUUACCUGUUUUCCAGAUUUGUCAAAUCUCUGAAUAAACAAAUGAAUCCUUUUAUUGAGGAUAUUCUGAAUAGAAUACAAGACUUACUAGAGCUUUCUCCACCUGAGAAUGGUUACCAGUCUUUGUUGAGCAGUGAUGAUCAGCUGUUUAUUUAUGAGACAGCCGGAGUGCUGAUUGUUAAUAGUGAAUAUCCAGCUGAACGGAAACAAGCCUUAAUGAGAAAUCUUUUGACCCCACUAAUGGAGAAGUUUAAAAUUCUGUUAGAAAAAUUGAUGCUGGCACAAGAUGAAGAAAGACAGGCAUCACUAGCAGACUGUCUGAACCAUGCUGUUGGAUUUGCCAGCCGAACCAGCAAAGCUUUCAGCAACAAGCAGACUGUGAAACAGUGUGGCUGUUCCGAAGUUUAUCUGGAUUGUUUACAGACAUUCUUGCCAGCCCUCAGUUGUCCCUUGCAAAAGGAUAUUCUCAGAAGUGGAGUUCGUACUUUCCUUCAUCGCAUGAUUAUUUGCCUAGAGGAAGAAGUUCUUCCAUUCAUCCCGUCUGCCUCAGAACACAUGCUCAAAGAUUGUGAAGGAAAAGACCUCCAGGAGUUCAUUCCUCUUAUCAACCAGAUUACAGCCAAAUUUAAGAUACAGGUAUCUCCAUUUUUACAGCAAAUGUUCAUGCCUCUACUUCAUGCAAUUUUUGAGGUAUUGCUCCGACCAGCAGAAGAAAAUGACCAGUCUGCUGCUUUAGAGAAGCAAAUGUUACGAAGGAGUUACUUUGCUUUCCUGCAAACUGUCACAGGCAGUGGAAUGAGUGAAGUCAUAGCAAAUCAAGGUGCAGAGAAUGUAGAACGAGUGCUGGUUACUGUUAUCCAAGGAGCAGUUGAAUAUCCAGAUCCAAUUGCACAGAAGACAUGUUUUAUCAUCCUCUCCAAGUUGGUAGAACUCUGGGGAGGUAAAGAUGGACCAGUGGGAUUUGCUGAUUUUGUUUAUAAGCACAUUGUCCCUGCAUGUUUCCUAGCACCUUUAAAACAAACCUUUGACCUGGCAGAUGCACAAACAGUGUUGGCUUUAUCUGAGUGUGCGGUGACAUUGAAAACAAUUCAUCUCAAACGGGGCCCAGAAUGUGUUCAGUAUCUUCAACAAGAAUACCUGCCUUCCUUGCAAGUAGCUCCAGAAAUAAUUCAGGAGUUUUGUCAAGCGCUUCAGCAGCCUGAUGCUAAAGUUUUUAAAAAUUACUUAAAGGUAUUCUUCCAGAGAGCAAAGCCCUAAGGACUGGAUCUCCCUGUGCCUACUUUAUGAUCAGGAAUUCCAGUUAAUUUAUAAAGAAGCAGUUUUGUGUGCCAUUCACACUGGUUUUUUUAACAUUGCUUUAAGCUUAUUGCAGUGUAUGUAUUGGGAUUUUUCUGUAAAAUGGGUGUAAUUUUCUCUGAAUACAGGUAUGUAACAACAAGAGAAGUUGCUUGCAUGCCAGUUCAAAUUGUUCCAUAUAAAAAUGCUGUUAAGAGAUACAGCACGGUUAUCCUAGUACCUUUUUUUUUUUUUUACGUUAAAUCCUUGAAACGUUAAAUCCUUUAUAAAGACCAUAGCAGGAAAACAGUGUACUUUUUUUCAAUUGCUAAAUAUAAAAUGUUUGAAAAUUUUAAUUUUCUUUUACAUGUGCCGUCUCAAAAUUUGGGGGGGAAUAUAAUAAAUCAAAACUAAUUUUUUGUAGAUAGCCAUUACAUUUCUUUAAACUGUUUUCGAUGCCAAUGUGUGUUCUACAAAAGAGAAUGGUUUCAUAAAUUAACUGAUUUAAGAGUAGGUACCGGUGUUACACACUUUUUAUAAAAAAAUAAAAAUAAAUUUUACAUAGUGAAAUCUA